ACAUAAGACACUAAUAGCCCCAGCCAUGAGUGAUUUGGGAUUUGAUCCAAGUUUGAAAAAGAAGAAGAAGGUCAAGAAGGCCGAAGAUGGCUCCGAGUCGCCAGCUCCAGAAGUGGUGGACGAGAUGUUUGCCAACUUGAAAAAGAAGAAGAAGUCCACAAAGAAAGCAGAAGAAGACUUCGAAAAAUCAGCACUGCCUGUCGGGGACGACUUGUCGUCUUCGUUGGGUGACCUCACACUCAAGAAGAAGAAAAAGAAGGCCGUCAAGACUGUUGAUACUUCUGAAUUUGAGCAGCAGUUGGAAGAAGCUGGUGUAGAAGAGCCUGCCUCUGAAGCUGUCACAUCUGAUGGCCAGGACAUUGGUUUCAGCUACGAGCAGUUGUUGUCUCGUUUCUUCGACAUUUUAAAGACGAAUAACCCUGAGUUGGCCGGCGACAGAUCCGGACCCAAGUUCAGAAUUCCUCCUCCUGUAUGUCAGAGAGAAGGUUCCAAGAAGACGUUGUUUGCCAAUGUUCAAGAAAUAGCCACAGUAUUACAGAGAAAUCCUGAGCACUUGAUACAGUUCUUGUUUGCCGAAUUAGGUACAUCAGGUUCCAUUGAUGGUGAGAAAAGAUUGGUGUUAAAGGGGAAGUUUCAGCCUAAGCAGAUGGAGUCUGUGUUGAGAAGAUACAUUAUCGAAUAUGUCACUUGUAAGACCUGUAAGUCCAUGAACACUGAGUUGAAGAGAGAGUCCGCUAAUAGAUUGCAUUUCUUGAGCUGUAAAGCCUGUGGAUCCACCAGAUCUGUUUCGUCCAUUAAGACCGGUUUCCAAGCCCAAAUCGGAAGAAGAAAAAGAGCAUAGCCCAGUGCAUCGUAUAUAUAUAACAAGUACUUUCCGAUUAUCUGUAGAGUAUUUACAAUGUAUAAUAAAUAAGUCUAGAAAUAUCAUAUCAUCAUAU